UGAUUGUCGGACGGUUCGCAUGUGCUGGGGGAAGUUUAUCCGUAUCCGUUCGAUCCGUCGGGUUCCGCGCGUCGUUCCGGGAAACAACGGACUUAGUGGCGCCGCCAUGGACUCAGAAGUCUAGUGAAGAACAGAACUCACAACGAACUCGAAAUACAAAAAUAUAUUGUGUGUGCCAAAAGAAAGCCAAGAAAAACCAAAAGAAUAUAUCGAGAAAUGAGUGCAAAUCUAUUUUAAAUGGUGUGCAAUUAAAGGAGCCGCAACGAGAAUACUUGACAAAAUGCAUUUGUGCGAGAUGCGUGGCAUGCCGCGUCGGUUGCAGCCUCAGUGUUUAGCCAACGAGAGCGAGAUUCAAAUUAAAAUUAAAAUUGGGAAUGAAAAUGAAAAUAAAAAUAAAAUCAGAAGUAGCAGCGAGAUCAAACGCCGACACAGAAACAAUCGAAAUGCUCCCGAGGAGGACCGGCUAAAAAUAAUCAAAGUCGAUCGGAGGCGACGGGUGAUAUUCCCACUGCUGCUGCUCCUCACGGGAUUAAAUGGAUUAACUCAAGUUGGAGCGCUCAAGGGUGAAAAUCCACGCAUCAUCGAGCAUCCCAUGGACACGACGGUGCCAAAAAAUGAUCCAUUUACGUUUAAUUGCCAGGCCGAGGGCAAUCCAACACCCAGCAUUCAAUGGUUUAAGGACGGUCGCGAACUGAAGUCGGAUACGGGCUCGCAUCGCAUGAUUCUGCCCGCCGGCGGAUUAUUCUUUCUCAAGGUUAUCCACUCACGUCGAGAGAGCGAUGCGGGCACUUAUUGGUGCGAGGCCAAAAACGAGUUUGGCGUGGCCCGUUCCAGGAAUGCAACGUUGCAAGUGGCAUUUCUCCGCGACGAAUUCCGUUUGGAGCCAGCAAAUACCCGCGUGGCCCAGGGCGAAGUGGCCCUGAUGGAAUGCGGUGCCCCCCGAGGAUCUCCGGAGCCGCAAAUCUCGUGGCGCAAGAAUGGCCAGACCCUGAAUCUCGUCGGGAACAAGCGGAUUCGCAUUGUGGAUGGCGGCAACCUGGCCAUCCAGGAGGCACGGCAAUCGGACGACGGACGGUAUCAGUGUGUGGUCAAGAAUGUGGUUGGCACCCGUGAGUCCGCCACCGCCUUCCUAAAAGUCCAUGUUCGCCCGUUCCUCAUCCGUGGACCCCAGAAUCAGACGGCUGUGGUGGGCAGCUCGGUGGUCUUCCAGUGCCGCAUUGGAGGCGAUCCCCUGCCCGAUGUUCUGUGGCGACGCACUGCCUCCGGCGGCAAUAUGCCACUGCGUCGUGUGCACGUACUUGAGGACCGCAGUCUGAAGCUGGACGACGUCACGCUGGAGGACAUGGGCGAGUACAGUUGCGAGGCGGACAAUGCGGUGGGCGGCAUCACGGCCACGGGCAUCCUCACCGUUCACGCACCCCCCAAAUUCGUGAUACGCCCCAAGAAUCAGCUGGUGGAGAUCGGUGAUGAAGUGCUGUUCGAGUGCCAGGCGAAUGGCCACCCCCGACCAACCCUCUACUGGUCGGUGGAGGGCAACAGCUCCCUCCUGCUGCCCGGUUACCGGGAUGGUCGCAUGGAGGUGACCCUGACGCCCGAGGGGCGCUCCGUGCUGUCGAUAGCUCGAUUUGCCCGCGAGGACUCCGGCAAGGUGGUCACCUGCAAUGCCCUGAAUGCCGUGGGCAGCGUCAGCAGCCGAACGGUGGUCAGUGUGGAUACGCAAUUCGAAUUGCCGCCGCCGAUUAUCGAACAGGGUCCGGUGAAUCAGACGCUGCCCGUGAAAUCCAUUGUGGUGCUGCCCUGUCGAACGCUGGGCACUCCGGUGCCGCAGGUCUCGUGGUAUCUGGACGGGAUACCCAUCGAUGUGCAGGAGCACGAGCGCAGGAAUCUCUCCGAGGGAGGAGCUCUGACCAUUUCGGAUCUGCAGCGUCACGAGGAUGAGGGCCUGUACACCUGCGUGGCCAGCAAUCGCAAUGGCAAAUCCUCCUGGAGUGGCUACUUGCGUUUAGACACCCCCACCAAUCCGAAUAUCAAGUUCUUCCGUGCGGCAGAACUCUCCACCUACCCGGGGCCACCGGGCAAACCGCAAAUGGUGGAGAAGGGCGAGAGCUCGGUGACUUUGAGCUGGACGAGGAGCAACAAGGUGGGCGGCUCCAGCCUGGUGGGCUAUGUAAUCGAGAUGUUUGGCAAAAACGAAACCGAUGGCUGGGUGGCUGUGGCCAGCCGCCUCCAGAAUACGACUUUUACCCAAACGGGUCUGCUGCCGGGUGUGAAUUACUUCUUCCUAAUUCGAGCGGAGAACUCUCAUGGCCUAUCACUGCCCAGUCCGAUGUCGGAACCCAUUACGGUGGGAACGCGUUACUUCAAUAGUGGUCUGGAUCUGAGCGAGGCUCGUGCCAGUCUGCUGUCCGGAGAUGUUGUGGAGCUGAGCAACGCCAGUGUGGUGGACUCCACCAGCAUGAAGCUCACCUGGCAGAUCAUCAAUGGCAAAUAUGUCGAGGGCUUCUAUGUCUAUGCUAGACAGUUGCCAAAUCCAAUAGUCAACAAUCCGGUGCCCGUUACGACCAAUACCAAUCCGCUGCUGGGCUCCGCAUCCGCAUCUGCAUCCGCCUCGGCAUCCGCAUUGAUUUCGACAAAACCAAAUAUUGCCGCUGCCGGCAAACGUGAUGGGGAGACCAGCCAGAAUGGAGGAGGAACUCCAACCCCGCAGAGCACCAAGUAUCGCAUGCUGACGAUUCUGAACGGAGGUGGCGCCUCAUCCUGCACCAUCACCGGGCUCGUCCAGUACACGCUGUAUGAAUUUUUCAUCGUGCCAUUUUACAAAUCCGUCGAGGGCAAGCCGUCGAAUUCGCGCAUCGCCCGCACCCUUGAAGAUGUUCCCACUGAGGCACCAUAUGGAAUGGAGGCUCUGCUGCUUAAUUCCUCAGCGGUGUUCCUGAAAUGGAAGGCUCCGGAACUCAAGGAUCGUCAUGGCAUUCUCCUAAACUAUCAUGUCAUAGUCCGCGGCAUUGACACUGCUCAUAAUUUCUCACGCAUUUUGACAAAUGUCACCAUCGAUGCCGCCUCGCCAACUUUGGUUUUGGCCAAUCUCACCGAAGGCGUCAUGUACACGGUGGGCGUGGCUGCCGGAAAUAAUGCCGGAAUCGGUCCUUAUUGCGUCCCAGCCACUUUGCGUUUGGAUCCCAUCACCAAACGGCUCGAUCCGUUUAUCAAUCAGCGCUAUCCCAUCAAUCAGGACCAUGUUAACGAUGUGCUGACGCAGCCCUGGUUCAUAAUACUCCUGGGCGCCAUCCUUGCCAUUCUUAUGCUAUCCUUUGGCGCAAUGGUCUUUGUGAAGCGCAAGCACAUGAUGAUGAAGCAGUCGGCCCUGAAUACCAUGCGUGGCAAUCACACGAGCGACGUGCUCAAAAUGCCGAGUCUAUCGACUCGCAACGGCAAUGGCUACUGGCUGGACUCCUCCACCGGCGGAAUGGUGUGGCGUCCCUCGCCCGGCGGCGAUUCGCUGGAGAUGCAAAAGGAUCACAUCGCCGACUAUGCGCCGGUCUGUGGUGCCCCCGGUUCUCCGGCCGGCGGUGGUGCCGGUUCCGGUGGGUCCGGCGGUGCGGGCAGCGGUGCCAGCGGCGGCGAUGACAUUCAUGGAGGACACGGCACCGAACGCAAUCAGCAGCGGUACGUGGGCGAGUACUCCAACAUACCGACCGACUACGCAGAAGUGUCCAGUUUUGGCAAGGCGCCCAGUGAAUAUGGGCGGCAUGGCAAUGCCUCCCCGGCCCCCUAUGCCACCUCCUCGAUCCUGAGUCCCCACCAACAGCAGCAGCAGCAGCAGCAACCUCGUUAUCAACAGCGACCAGUUCCCGGUUAUGGUCUUCAGCGUCCCAUGCAUCCGCACUACCAACAGCAGCAACAGCAACAUCAGCAGCAACAGGCGAACCUGCAACAUCAGCAACACCAGCAACUGCCCCCCAGCAACAUCUAUCAGCAGAUGUCCACCACCAGCGAGAUUUACCCCACGAAUACGGGACCGCCGCGCUCCGUUUACUCCGAGCAGUACUACUAUCCCAAGGACAAGCAGCGGCACAUCCACAUCACCGAGAACAAGCUGAGCAACUGCCACACCUACGAGGCGGCUCCGGGUGCCAAGCAAUCCCAAUCGCCCAUCACCCCGCAGUUUGCGAGUGUGCGUCGUCAGCAGAUGCCCCCGAAUUGCAGUAUUGGUAGGGAUAGUGCCCGCUUCAAGGUGCUGAACACGGAUCAGGGCAAGAAUCAGCAGAAUCUCCUCGAUCUCGAUGGUUCCUCGUUGUGCUACAACGGACUGGCGGACUCCGGCUGCGGUGGUUCCCCCUCUCCGAUGGCCAUGCUGAUGUCGCACGAGGACGAGCACGCCCUGUACCACACGGCGGAUGGGGAUCUGGAUGACAUGGAGCGACUGUAUGUCAAGGUGGACGAGCAACAGCCGGUGCAGCAGCAGCAGCAGCUGAUUCCCCUGGUGCCACAGCAUCCGGCGGAGACGCAUCUGCAGUCCUGGCGAAACCAGAGCACACGGGGCAGUCGCAAGAAUGGAAUGCAGGAAUCCAGCAAGGAGCCCAACGAGUUGAUCUACGCCCCCGGAAGUGUGGCCAGCGAAAGGAGCCUGCUGAGCAACUCGGGCAGCGGCACCAGCAGCCAGCCGGCUGGCCAUAAUGUCUGACCUUUGCCCUCUGGUUCGUCCCUGGGCCAGCCUCAAUCCAAAUCGAAGUCCCAGUCGCAGUCCCAGAGCGAUUUGCAGUCGCAGGAGCGACUCUAUGCCAGGGAAGUGCGGGAACUGCUCGCCUGGUGCGAACGCUUCAACAACGGAGGAGUGGAGAACUUUGAGUAG